AUGGCCUCAGAUCACCAGACCCAAGCGGGCAAGCCACAGCCCCUCAACCCCAAGAUCAUCAUCUUUGAGCAGGAGAACUUCCAGGGCCACUCGCAUGAGCUCAACGGGCCCUGCCCCAACCUGAAGGAGACUGGCGUGGAGAAGGCGGGCUCCGUGCUGGUGCAGGCUGGACCCUGGGUGGGCUACGAGCAGGCCAACUGCAAAGGGGAGCAGUUUGUGUUUGAGAAGGGUGAGUACCCCCGCUGGGACUCAUGGACCAGCAGUCGGAGGACAGACUCGCUCAGCUCCCUGAGGCCCAUCAAAGUGGACAGCCAGGAGCACAAGAUCACCCUGUAUGAGAACCCCAACUUCACGGGGAAGAAGAUGGAGGUGAUAGACGAUGACGUGCCCAGCUUCCACGCCCACGGCUACCAGGAGAAGGUGUCUUCCGUGCGGGUGCAGAGUGGCACGUGGGUCGGCUACCAGUACCCCGGCUACCGCGGGCUGCAGUACCUGCUGGAGAAGGGCGAUUACAAGGACAGCGGCGACUUCGGGGCCCCCCAGCCCCAGGUGCAGUCCGUGCGCCGCAUCCGGGACAUGCAGUGGCACCAGCGGGGCGCCUUCCACCCCUCCAGCUAG